AUGAUGGACAUCAACUCCCUCCUUUCGCCGCAGGAUUCGAACUCACAGUCCGGGCGCACCACGCCCUCCGCGGGGUCUACACCCGCGACCAAUGCCUCGGUCCCGACCUCAGGCCCGCCGCCGCCAAAACCCUUGCGAAAGACUCGUCCCGGCGCGGCCAAGCAGGGUAUGACCUCCUCGCCGCUGGCGCAAGUUGUGUACGCCCCGAAUCAACUGCCAGAUCCGUCACCGCCCGCGAACAGCCCCAAGGUUGGUCCCAGCAUGGGAAGUGGCAGCGGAACCCCCCCGGCUACCGACUUGCCGCCUGCGAGACAACCCUCGACUCCGGGUAUGGACACACUGGCCGAUCUAGCGUCGAUGCAGCAUCACCAGCCCCAGCGUCCCGGCGCCCCUCUCUUGCGCAGCAGCCAUGAACGAUACGAAAACCAGCUGUCACCCUCCACCAUGUUCCCCCACGUCAACCCCAUCUCCCACAACACACCAACUCCACGAUCCUCGUUCGAUAUCGCUAUGUCUGAUGGCCCCCGGGAGAGCGCACAACGAAGCUACUUGGAUACCUCCUUGGUUCCCAACGCCCAACGACAGGCGACCGACUUGUUUGCACAGAUCCAGGAAAACCCACAGUCGUACGAAGCGCACGUCCGGUUUAUCCGUCUGCUACACGCAGGUUUUGUCAACCACGUCUAUCCGCCCACUAACCCGGACAUCCAUGGGGACCCGCGCAAAUACGAUCUUCUCAAGGACAUGCGCACCGCUCGCGAGGAGAUGGACAAGCUUUUCGCCAUGGGCGAGGAUCUGUGGGCGGAGUGGAUCCAGGAUGAGAGUAUGCUGGCACAAUCGGUGGAAGAACGCAUCGCCGUCAUGGAGCUCUGUCAGCGGUCCGUGGAGGAAGAGUACGGUAGCACCAAACUCUGGGGUAUCUACGGAGAAUGGGUGCUGUAUCUCUACAAAUCGGCUCAUGGCGAUGCGAGUCAAAGCUCCUGGACCGAGGAAGAUCGGAUGGUCGGGCGCGAAGUUUUCACAUGGCCAUCAGUCCUGGAGGUCUGGCAUAGAGGAGCUGAGUCGACGCAAUGGCGAAUCCACGACAGUCAUCUAGUUUGGGAUCGCUUCCUCGACUUGGUCGUCCAGGAUCUUGCCCGCAACCCGUCGCAGGAGAAGGUUAAUCAUGUACGAAACUUCUUCGAUGUUCGCCUUGCGACUCCCCACGCCACCUGGGACCAGACUUUCCAGCUGUUCUCCGGCUUCGUAUCGACCUAUUACAACGCGAACUACGAAAACAUCAUGGCCGACAUGGUCGGGAGACACGGCACGUCAGCCAAGGAGCAAUAUUCCGCUCGCGAAGAGUUCGAAAUCAAGCUACGCAACGCGACCGAGGCCGGUGAGUUGGGACAAGAAUAUAUCUUGUUCACCGAGUAUCUCGAGUGGGAAUUGAGUCGGAACCGUCGGAAACGGCAUUCGGGCAAUUUCGAACUUGUCAAGUCGAUCUACCAGCGCGCAGUGCUUCGCUUUCCGACCGAUUGCUGUAUGUGGGAGGACCUCAUCAUGUACCUUGUUCGUGAAUCGAUGCACGGCAACACGAAGACCUCGACAAUGGCAACCUUGGACCGUGCGACGCGCCACUGCCCCGGUUCAGGCACCCUCUGGUCGCAAUAUCUGCUGAGCUCCGAGCGCGAAGGACAGACCUUUGCGAAGAUUGCGGACAUCAAGCACAAAGCCACGAGCACGGGCUUGCUGGACGUUGGAGGCAUGGAAGAGGUCCUGAAGGUUCAUACCGCCUGGUGUAGUUAUCUGCGUCGGCAGGCUUUCUUGUCUGAUUCGACCGAUGAAGACAUCGACGUGGCGGAGGUUGGAAUUCGAUCUGCUAUCGAAAGCGUCCAAGAGCUCGGCGAAAAGAAAUACGGCCGGAACUAUCAGGGUGACCCCCUAUUUCGUCUCGAACGCAUCUAUAUUCGCUAUCUGAGUGAGAGUGGCAGCUGGGAUAGUGCCCGGGAGACUUUCAAGGGUCUGGUGGGCCGUCGUGGCAACAGCUACGAGUUCUGGUUGACUUACUAUGAGUGGGAGCUCAUUUCCUGGAGCAAGUUUGUGCAGGGAGAAGCCACCAUUGAUGCCGCCCGACGCACCCCCAACCCCAGCUAUGCCACCGCCGUGUUGAAGCAGGCUAUCAAGCGGACGGAUUUGGACUGGCCAGAGAAGAUUAUGCAAGUCUACAUCGCCCACUGUGAGGAUUACGAGGACUCCGAUGAGCUGCAGUUGGCGAUCCUUGAAACCCGCAAGGCGGGGAAAGCCAUCGCAGCCCGGCGCGAGCGGGACGCAAGGGAGGCGACCGCGCGGCUGGCUGAGCAACAAGCUGCAGCCAUUGAGCAGGCUACACAAGCGGAGAAGAGGAAGCGGGAGGACGAGAUCAACGUGAAUGGAGCAGCACCUGCCAAACGGGCCCGUGCAGAGGAGUCCACCCCGUCUGUUCUCAUGACGCCUGAACCGGUCGCUCUUCAACGCGAUCGCGAGAAUGCGACCGUUGUUGUCAAGCAAUUGCCCCGUGGCAUUACGGAGCACAAGGUCCGGCAGUUCUUUCGCCAUUGCGGUACGAUCAACAGCGUGAAGAUGCUUUCUGCUCCUAACGAUGGUUCCGAGACGGCCAUCAUGGAGUUCAACACCCGGGACGAAGCCGUCGUUGCCCAGACCCGUGAUCAGAAGAUGAUUGAUGGACACACCAUCGAGGUCCAGUUUGGCUCGGGGUCCACACUCUUUGUCACCAAUUUCCCUCCCACUGCGGAUGAACAGUAUAUUCGUGAUUUGUUCCGUGAGCACGGCGAAAUCAUUGAUAUCCGCUUCCCGUCGCUCAAGUACAAUACGCAUCGCCGAUUCUGCUACGUGCAGUUCAGGACGUCUGGAGAAGCUUACAGUGCCACCCAGCUAGAUGGAUCCACGGUUGGAAAUGGCCUGCACCUGGUCGCCAAGAUUUCCGAUCCUACUCGCAAGCAAGACCGUCAUGGGCCAAUGUACGAGGGACGUGAGAUCCAUGUAUCCAAUCUGGACUGGAAGGCUAGCGAACAAGACGUGGAAGAGCUGUUCCUGCGUUUUGGCAAGGUCGAACUGGUUCGCAUUCCCCGUAAGGUGGAUGGAGGCAGCAAGGGCUUCUGUUAUGUCGUCUUUUCUUCCAAGGAGGAAGCUGAGGCGGCUCUUGUAAUGCACGAACAAGAAUUUCGGUCGCGCCCAUUGCAAGUCAAGUUGUCCACACCACAGGGGGCCAAACGGAGUGCUACGACGAUUCUGUCUCACGUGUCAGCCUCGCGAUCUCCAUCGGUCGAAGUCAACGGGACUGGCGAGGAGGUAACCAACAGCGACCGGGCGGCGCGCACCCUGGGAUUGAUGAAUGUUCCCGACACGGUCAACGACGCGCGGAUUCGGGCGCUGAUGGAGCCAUUCGGCAAGCUGAUCAAAAUUAUCCUGCGACCGGACCACCAGGGAGCAAUUGUCGAGUUCUCCGAUGUUCACUCUGCUGGCCAAGCGUCGCUGAAACUGGAGGGAGAAGAGAUCGCUCCCGGGCGGAGAUUGCAUGUGGGCAGCGUGCCGGAAAUGCUGAAACAGUCGGCGGAGAAGAAGGGCCCUCAUCCCAGCACCGCGGGCAACAAAACAACCGCUGACAAAUCCGGGGCGAGACUCCAGCCCACCGGACCGAUCAAGCGGCCACCGCAGCCUGGGGCGCGCGGAGGCAAGCGCGGCCACUUGGGAGUGAAGCGAGCCACCGGCGGGUUGCCGGGGCCGAGCCACGCGCCGAAUGGAGCCCCUACGACCAACACCACCAUGACGACCACGAUGACGACGAACACUGACAGCUCUGCUCCCGACGAAGAGCACAAGAUUAAAAAGAGCAAUGAUGACUUUCGUGCGAUGAUCCAGCGGAGUCGAGCGGGAUGAAAGCGUCCGGCGCACUGGAUUGCAUUGGCGGGUUUGGCAUUAUCCUCUCUCCGCUUGCUGAUGACCUGGGAUUCUUUUCUUCUUCUCCUUUUCUCCUUUCUACAUUCCCAUCCUCGAUGUGUCUUUCUACCAUAACUUGUCACCGACGCGGUGCUGACGCAGUUCCUCUUUCUAUUCUAAUCUUCGUGCUGGUUGGGGCCGUGUAUUAUCAUGGACUUUGCUUCGGUCAUGGAAUCUCCAGCCUGAUGUCGGAUGUAGAUUAUGCUUUAUCUUCCUUAUGAUUUGUUUUUCUUUCUUUCUUUCUUAUCUCUCUCUGUCUUC